AAGUUGUCAGCGGAAGCAGAAUCAUUUCGGGAGAAGAGCUACAUGAAUUCACGCUUGACCUAAAUUCUGCUGAUACUCUCUAUUUUGUUCGAGAAAGUGUACUUAUCACCCGUGCGCUGUUGUUUGUGCACCAGUAUGGCAGUCGUCAUCCGUUUACAGGGACUGAGGACCACCGCAGGAUCAGAGGAUAUUCGCAAGUUCUUCACUGGCCUCAGAAUUCCUGAUGGAGGGGUGCAUAUUAUUGGCGGGGAGCGGAAUGAAGCUUUCAUAAUCUUUGCUUCAGAUGAAGAUGCAAGAAGAGCCAUGACACGGUCACAGGGUGUCAUAAAGGGUUCGCCUGUUUCAUUGCUACUAAGUAGUAAAACAGAAAUGCAGAACCUGCUUGAGAGAAGUACAAAAAGUGCAGAGCUAGAUCAGAAGAGGAGACUUGAGGAGAAUGCAAGACGUGCCAGAAGAUCUAUGGACCCUGAGGUUAGCAGGAGACCAGUUAGCAGAUCGGAUCAUACCCCUCCCCCCCAGCACCAGGUGGCUUCAAGCAGUAUUGAUGACUUGUUUUUGUUUCUAAAAGGAAUGCCUUUCUCUGUGACUGAAGAGGAAGUCCGUGACUUCUUCAGUGGUCUAGUUGUCGAUGACAUAAUAUUGUUUAAAAAUCGUAAAUGUUUAAAGAGCGGGAAAGGUAUUGUCAAAUUUGCCACAAGCCAGGAUGCAUAUGAAGGCCUGAAGAGGGAUAGGCAAUAUAUACAGUCAAGGUAUGUGGAGGUUUCCCGAACAACAGCAGAUGAUUGGUGCUGGGCUGGUGGUACCUUGUCAUUGGCUUGCAAUGUGGAUAACUUUGUAAGGGAAAGAUCACCGAUUCGCCAUCAGAGAAACCCACAGCAUCAUGUAAGGUCCCAAUCACCUGUGACCAAGAGACCAAGUGUUUCUUCUGAUGAUGAGUACUGCGUUUUGGUGGAUAAUCUGUCCUACACAGUGGAAAAAGAAGACAUUAAAAAGCUCUUUUGCAAUGCAAACCUUGAGGAUGGCCAGAUCCUGCACCUUCUUGACAGUGAUGGGAGAAGAACCAGAUCCACAUUUGUGCUGUUCAGGAGUCUGCGAGACUAUUGUGAUGCUUUAAGUAAUGAAAAAAGACUGUUUGAAAACCGUUGGGUUUAUACCCGCCCAAUUUCAAGAGAGAAAAUGAUAAACCUUCUGGAAUCUCAGGGCAUGGGUGACAGACCUUCUAGUAACUCUGAAAGGUUUCAGGAGAGGCCCCCAUCUCAACCCAGAAAUGGACAAAGUUUUCGGGGGUCGGAAGUGUUACUGAAAUGCGUUUCACGGUCUCAUAUGCAGCAGUUGGGUUUCGAGCCAUCAGUGAUGCAAGAGAAAGCGAUGCAAAACCCACUGCCAGGAGAGGAGCAGUACUCACGCAGGAGCAGCAUGGCAUCCUAUUGUCCUGGUGACACUGAGUACUCCAACUCCAGGAUUCCUUACGAUGGCGAUCUUCAAAUGGGCUAUGCACAGGCUCAAAUCAAUGAUGAGCCCUUUGCAGUGGGUUCACAUGAUUCACGAGGCAGGGGUAGUGGCAUUCGGGGCAUGCAGAGUUUGAGAGUUGAUGGUCCUACCUGUGUACAGCUACUUAACUUGCCGUUCCAAAUCAGAAGGGAAGAGAUCUAUGACUUUUGCUAUGGAUAUGAGAUUAUCCCUGGAUCUGUCACACUGCAGUAUGACCAAAGUGGAAGAUCCAAAGGCUCUGCGACUGCAGUGUUUGAGACCCGGCAGGAGGCCCAGAAAGCAGUUGAGGAACUGAGUGGAAGAUCCAUUGGUCCAAGAAGAAUACAGCUGUUACUUGUGUAAAAGUGAAAUUGUUUUUCAUGUCAACUUACAUGCCCUACCACUGCGAGUCUGACAUUUAUGCUGUUGAUAAAGGCCAAGUUGAUUUAAGGAAAAUAAUUGCCCUUUCUCCCUUUCUCUGAUUAAGCUGGCAUGGCUUUUUGAUUAUGAAAACUGAAAAUUAGGCUCUCUAUAUAUUUUUUUUACCUUUUUCUCUGAGGUUGGUAUGCGGUUCUUAUUUUACUUUGACAUAGAAGUGUUUUAGUUUUCUCACAUAAGUAUUAUUGUUUAACUUCCAAUCGUGUACAUGUACAUUAAUUUCUUUGUACCAUCUGUGGUUAUUUAGAUUUUGUUUUUACAUACAAAAAUACACAAUUUGAAUUGUAAGUACUUCUCAAAUCUUUGUUUGUGCAAAUAACUCUGCUCGCUGACAUUUUCAUGAUGUGUCUUUCUAGAAUGCAGAUGAUUAAAAGAGAACAAUUGGGAGA